AUGGACUUCUCCGUGCUUGAACAACAAAAGGAGAAUAUCCAGCCGAAGGUGACCGGCCGGCCGGCGCUGAGACUAGCUCUAGCACUCAAGGAACAUGCUCCUAAGUCAGCAGUUACAUCCAAGAAGAACGAGUUUGAACUGGCAAUUGCUCAAUACGACGAGUUGGACGACCCGCUCCAGGCGUACCUUGAUUAUAUAAACUGGACGAACGAGGCGUUUCCUCAGGGUGGGAACACAGAGAGCGGGUUGUUGGGCCUCUUGGAGAGGUGUACUUCGUGCUUUAGAGAUACAGAGUUUUAUAAGAACGACCCGAGAUACUUGCGGGUGUGGCUUGAGUAUUCCCAGUACUCGGAUCUGCCGAGGGAUAUCUUUGUGUACUUGGCGAAAAAGGGCAUUGGCUGUGAGUUGGCGUUGUACUAUGAGGAGUUUGCUAAGUACUUGGAGACCAAGGGCGCUUAUGGCGAUGCGCUGGAGGUUUAUAAUAUAGGCAUUGAACGGGAAGCCAGGCCGUUGACGCGUCUACAGCGGAACUACGGGUACUUUCAGCGUCGAACAGAGAAUUUCGAUGUAAGACCGUCUACUAUACGGAACGUGCUUUCGCUUAAACGUGGGCUGCCUUUGACGUCUAGUGGCUCUGGGAGCGACAAAAAGCGACCUAAAUUCGAUGUUCAUAGAGAUUCGGAUCCUGUGGGCAUAAAGGAUUCCGUUUUUGGGGCUUCUGAGGCACCGGACUCGCUUCCCGUGCUUCGCCUUAAAGAAAACGUCAUUUCAGCGAAACCAUGGGCUGGCGAAGUGCUCAAACAAAAAUCCAGCCGGCCGUCGCUGGCGAAAUUCGAAGUGUUCAGAGACUCUGAGCCUCAGAAAGAAUGGCACGUCAGCUCUGGACCUGAAAAGCAUACUAUCAUCCAGCAUCCCGGCAAACGUACCGAGAAACUCAUGCUCAAUAUGGCUUUGCUUUAUCCUGCUCCAAACGAAGAGUACUGCCCUACAGAGAUCUUCUGCCAGGUGAAGAAUUUCCUGGCAGAAAGAGAAAAACAAGCCAAACCAAUUGAACCUUUGGAAAGGUCCCGUGAAGACACAGGAAUGACUAUCCCACUUAAUCUAGACGAAUCCACCAGCCAGCUUCGACCUCGUUCGCCCACCAUGACCCAAUUCUCCCGCAUGACCGCCAAAGAAGUCUUGGGCAUGUUCAACAACGCCUCACGCUACCUGGAUGGAGACACCACCAAGUUCGAAGAACACACUUCUAACCUCGACGGGUUUGUCACGGAAACGUUCCACCAAGAAAAGCAGCCCGCCACGCCGUCUACCGACUGUGGCUCGUCCCGAUCGUCUCCUUUCUUGGAUAGGCCUUGGUAA